GCGCGUUAACUUUUGCGGUUAGAUUCAGUAACUUUGAGAAGAUAUCUUGCCAAGAGAAGGAACGCCAAGCAAAACGAGAAAUCAGGUGAAAUGGACGUUGAAGAAGACAGGGAAAGUCCAUUUGAUGAUGAAGCGUCAGACAGCACUGAUGAGGACAAUGAGGAUGGUCCAGGCCAGGAGUCAUUUAAAGAUGAAGAGGUUGCCCUCCCUCCGGAUUUCGAGUGGUUAGAAGAGUUGUAUAAAGAGGACGAUGGUGAUGGUGACCUUGCGGUUGCGGCCGUCAGCGGUGAGAAGAGGAGUUAUGCCGAGACAGCACGGAUGUUCAAGCUGAGACGAAACCUGGACCAGCUGGACUGCUUUCACCGACAGAAGGAGCACGACGUGCAGAAAGCCAGAGAAGAGCUUAAACUCUGCCGUCAGAACAUUGAAAGUUUGUUGGAGCAGAGGGAAAACUUGGAGGAAAAGAUGGAGGAACAGAAAGCAGCAGAUAACAGCGUUGCAGUGUUUCGUACACGAGCCCAGCAUAAGCUUUUGUGUCAGAAGCUGCAGAGUGAAGAGGAGCUGGAGGGCCACAUCAACACGGAGCUGAAGCAACAAGAACUGGAGCUGAGCGAGGUGGAGGUGGAGCUUGGCAGGUUCUCCUCUCUCCGGCAGGAGGUGCAGGAGGAGGAGCGGGCCUUCGGGGUCCUGAAGAAGCAGAAGGCGACGAAACGGCUGCAGCAGGAGAGGAAAGCCAGCCAGCACCAGCAGCUCAGGAUGCAGCAUCUCAGGGAUAAACAGGCAUCCAUGCUGAAGAAAGAGGAAGCUGAAUGUCAGAGGAAAAUCGAAGAGGGCCGGGCCAGCCGCAAGGUAGCUGCCAAGUACUUGAAAGAGACCAUUAAAAGGAUGCAGCAGCAAGAGGCUGAGAAGGAGCAGCAGAACCGGGAGCUACUGGAAAAGCGGAUGCAGGCUGUCAAAUCACUGAAAUCCAACAUCGCAGCCACACAAGAGAGCUUACGGGUCAAUCAAAGCAGAGCCAGAGCCAAGGCUCAGAAGGAAGAGCAGCGACAGAGACAGCUGAGAGAGUCCCUGCAGGCCGAGGGAUUCAACAGUAUCCAGCAUAUGUACCAGCAGAAACAGCUAGAGGAGAUACAACGAAAACAAGAGCAAUUAGAAGAGAGGCAGAAGUCAAAGAGAGUGGAGAUUGUGGAGAAGAUCCUUCAGGAGGGGCCGCUGGUGGAGAGCAGAAAGAGAAACCCGCCACCGACGCCUAAACUGUCAUUAACUGACAAGUACCCGUCUCUGAGGAGGGCCAGAGAGAAGCUGCUGCACUACCUGGACCGCAGACCCCCAACGGCCACAGAGGAGAGAGCUGCCAUCCAGUUGAGAGACUUUAGCAGCUCGUCAUCAGCCUCCUCUGAUGUUGACGACCAAGAGGAACCCACCAACCAGGAAGAGGACCACCCGAGCCUUUCUGACAGCCUGGCUGAGCCUGAGUUCUCUGGCCUUUGGGACCAGAACUACAAGUUACAGAAGCUCCUGAAUGAAAAAACAACAUUGGAACAGACAGAAGUAAAGCAGGAAGAACCGGCAAUGGCCAUUGGAAAGCUCACUCUCCCUCCUAAAAAGGUUCAUGGGAAAGAAUUGAAAGGCCCUCCGUUCAUCAGUAAACCAGAAGUCAUCCUCUUCAAGGACUUCGAAUUGGGUCAAACGUAUAAGAAGAAAAUCAUCCUGACUAACAUCAGCUACAUCACCAACCACUGCAAGCUGCUUGGGGUCUCGACCCACCUGAAGGAUUUCAUCACUAUCAACUUUGAUCCCCCUGGUUCUUUAUCCACUGGGAUGUCCUGUGACAUGCAGGCUGUUUUUCAGCCUAUGAUCAACGAGGAUCUGGAGGGAGAGGUCCGGUUUGCAUCAGCAGUGGGUCCCUUCUCUGUGCCCGUCAGAUGCACCAUAAAGAAAUGUGAUAUGGAAGUUGACAACCAGUUCAUUGACUUUGGUUCGCACGUAGUCGGCCAAACUGUUUCAUGGACUAUCACCUUGACCAACAAGGGAGCUCUGGCCAGCCGCUUCAGCCUGGACACUUCCGCGUGUCUCAGUCCAGAAACUAGCCACGUCCAGAUGGCAUCCCAUGUCUCUGCCAACACACGCCAGGAAACAAGCAGUCCAAACACAACAUCUGGCAGCCAGAGCAGCUCUGUAUCCAUGGGGACUGGCAAACUCCAAGCAGAGGAGGAGAGUCAGCAGCUGUCUGAGCACCCAGAGGCUUUAGCUGCAGGUCCAGAAGCUAUUCCUGAGACGUGUGUGUCCACUGAUGUGGAUGCCCAGAUGGACCAGAGCAACUCAGACUUUGGUGACAUAUGUCUAGGAAAUGUAAAAGAAGGGGAGAUUGGUCCUUUCGAAAGCAUCAGACUGGAGGUCAUAUUCACUCCAACCAUUCCAGGAGAGAGCAAACUGGACUUCCACAUCAGAUUCUCUGGCUUAACCAGCAAACCAAUACCCAUCCAGGUGAAGGGGGUGGCAGUCAGCGUCCCUGUCUGGGUGGUUCAGCCCAGCAUUGACCUGAAGAUCUGCAUGUUUGAUCGCCUCUAUCAAGACAGCAUCGUGGUCCAAAGCAGAGCCAGCACAGCCUUGAAGCUGACCUUUGAGGUGUGCCCGGAAAUGAGGAAACACAUGGAGAUCCUUCCAAAGACGGGUUUCAUCCAAGCUCAAUCGAGAUUCAACGCCCAACUCAAGUUCCUGCCGAGGAUCUCCUUAUCCAAAGAUGCCAUGGAGCUUUUUGACGAAGAUACAGGAGUCCUAGAGGUUCCGCUAACAGUGCUCGUAGCAGGCCAGGUGAAGCCGGUCCCUUUCACCAUGCAGGCCGUGGUGACCUUCUCAGAGCUGCUCUUUGACCGGGCCCAGGUGGACUUUGGCUUCUGCUCCGUUGACCAGUCGGUGAGGAGCAGCGUCCGCCUCACCAACACCUCCCUGCUGCCCCAGGACUUUGGCUUUUUGGGCGUUCCAGACUUCAUGGAGGUCCAGCCGAACGAUGGCUUCGGCACUCUGCUCCCUCAAGAGACUCUGGAAGUUGAUCUGAUCUUCAGCGCCAACAAGGCCAAGGAGUACAGCUUCCAGCUCCACUGCAAAUCAGGAAUAAACAGAGAUUUCCCCCUGUCUUGCCGGGCAGUGGGGGUCCGCCCUCCGUUGCAGCUCUCCCACUCUCUGGUGCAGUUUGGGGCCACAGCAGUAGGGGACCGCUCCACUGCCGUGCUCUACCUGACCAACCAUCAAGCCAACCAUCAAACCACCAAUCACCAGAACCAACAACCAGCCCCUCCGUUAACCAAGGACACCAUGGCUCCCCCCAGACUGUUCUCCUUCAGCCUGCCCCAGCCUUCAGACCUCAGCAUCACCCCCACCGCGGGCCGCCUGCUGCCUGGAGAGAGAUGCCUGAUCCAGGUGACGUUCAGACCCAGACUGUUAGACGAGGACAUCAGAGAGGAGGCGCUGCGUCUCCUCCUCCGAGCCAAGCUGCUGCGUGAGAAGGAGCUGGAGAGGAGCAGACAUGCUGAACAGGAGGCUAAAAAGGAUCUCCCAGUGGAGACCAGUAAAGGGAAGAAGGCCCCAGUGAUUCCAAAGAACAGUAAGGUGUCAGACGCUCCUCAGACCGAACUACUAACUGAAUCACCAGAACCUGCCGACAUACAGCCUGGGUCAGAGCAUUUUGAGGAGGCCAGGGCGUCUCUGCUGUACUCCUUCACCCAGCGCUACAGCGAGCACACCGUCUCCUGCUUCGUGUCGGACGGAGAUCCUCCGGAGGAAGAUCUGCAGGCCCAGCCGGCGUGGAGCUCCUUCAACACGCUGUACCUGCAGCUGCAGUGUCCGGCUGUACAGCCCCCUCUGGUGGUCACAUCCAACAACGGACAUAAGAGCAUAGACUUCCAUCAGGUGGCAGUGGGAGAAAAAGUGAUCAAGAGGUUUACAGUCCAGAACAUUUCAAAGGAAUCUUUGGAUCUGAGGUCGUCAGUGCUGGAUGUCCACGGUCCUUUUUCCCUCCUGAAUGCUCUCAGAUGCAUCAGACCUGGGGAAACACACACUCUGGUGCUGGCCUUCAGUCCAUCUCUGGAGAAAAAGUUCUGUGAGACUCUGGAGGUGCGUUGCCAGAAGAUGACCCUUGAGAUGACUCUUCGUGGGGAGGGGGUGCUCCCCGCUGUCACCUGCUCUCACCCUGGAGGUCUCCUGGACCUUGGCUAUGUGCUGGAGAAGGAGAGCACCUCGCACGUCCUGAAGAUGCAGAACAGCUCGGCGGUGGCAGUGGGCUUCAGGGUGCAGCUGGCCAGCCUCUGCCCCUCCAGGCCUCCGGGGGGAGCUGAUGGUGUAGCCUCACUGCUGGGGGGUUACUCAGGCUCUCAGCUCCAGCCUACUGUGGGAACUCAGAACCUCAGCGGGCUGAGUGUGUUCAACGUUCUGCCAGCAGAGGGCAGCAUCGCUCCAGGACAGAGUCAGGACCUCACGGUCAGCUUCCAGCCGGACCACCCAUCUGUCUGCUACUCUGACAGGAUGACCGUAGAGCUCAGGAAUAAGAGUGUAGUGUGUGUGUUGGAUCUGAGGGCGGCAGCCUCUUCACACAACAUGUAUCUGUGUGGAGGAGACCCUCUGACGGUGCCCAUCGAAUCCCUCCUCCCUCCACUGAUCACCGCUCAACCUCAAAUCACAGCAGAGUCAGAGGUGAUGGAGAAGCCCACCAUCCCUGUGCUGGUGACCCUGAGGGCCGGCUACAGCGGGGGGGCUAUCACCCCCGCAGUGAGGGAGCUGCAGGUGGGCUCCAUCCGCUCCACACAGCCCAGCAAGAAGAGUGGUGAGUUUCACUGGGAGAACGUGGCGUCUCUGCAGCAGCAAGGCUUCACUGUGGAGCCCAGCAAAGGCACCGUGGAGACGGGCCACAAACGCACCGUCACCAUCACAUGGAGUCCCCACAGUGGAUACAAGCCCUACGAGGUGGUGCAGACAUGUGUGCCUCUUACCUUGAAGGGGGACGAGACCAAUGUUUACAGAGUCACCCUGAUGGCCACGCUCUCCUCCGCUGCUGACUGACCUCUAAAGUACCUGGAGGCUGGCCAGAGUUAAAUCUACACAUACACACUGACACAACACACACACAUUUGAUAUACCAUACAUUUAUGUUGCCAACAUUAAGA